AUGACUGCUCUAUUCAUUGCAAUAUUUAGCUUAAUAUCAAGUAUAACCAUCGGAGCAAAUGGUUAUCCUCUUACUUGUUUAGAUAACUGUCAUUUUUCUCAAUCAUUCGAUUCUCCAUUUAUUAUUCCUGAUGAAUGUAAUAAAACUACAUCGACUUUUCUAUGUCAAGUUGACGUUAAAAUUGAUUAUAAUCAAAAAAAAUUUCAAGUUACAUUUGGAUCAGAACGUUUCUAUGAUCGUAAACGAGCGAUUGAUGAUAAAUAUGAUCAUGUACAAGAAUUGACUAGAAUUAAUAAUACACAAAUUAAUACAAAAGUUUUCUAUUCAUGUACACUAGAAGAUCGAUGUGAAGAGAAAUUUCUACUUAAUAUUCAAUCAAAAUUAAUCAAACAUGAUUAUACAAAGAUGCAAAGCAAAUUAAUGGAUCUUCUUACUUCUAAAAAAUCAUCUCCAUUAACUUGUAAACAAUAUUGGUCUAAUAAAUCUGUUGAAUGUAAUGGAACAUGCACUGGUGAACGAGUUCAAUUUUUAGGCCCUACAACUGGUCGAAUAGUCCAUACAUCUGAUACACCUUCAUGUGAAAGUCAAAACAUUUCACCUAAUGUUCAAAUAUUGGCUGUAAAAAUGCCAAUGAGUGAUAGAACAAGACUUAGUCGUAAAAUCUUGUUUCAAUGUUCAAAAGAUUACUGUAAUGAAUCGGAAAUGACAGAUCAAAUUGAAAAGAUUGUUAAUGAAGAUUAUAGAGCUUUUUAUCAAGAAUGA